GUUGCCACGAAUCUCAUUUACUUACACUUAGUAUGAAUUUGUGGACUCAAUUCAACCUUUCCCAGAAUCACACAAGAGGCAUUGGGCACAACACAAUGGCUUUCCCUUCAUCUUCUUCUUCUUCAAACCACUCUCUCAUAGCCGACAAAGCAAUCGCUUUUCUAAAACGCCACCCUCAAAGACUCGCAUCUCUCUCUCCUCACUUCACUCCCCAAGCAGCUUCUUACGUUCUCCUCAAUUCCCAAUCCGACCAACGCACCCUCCUCAACUUCCUCACCUGGGCCCAAGCCCAAGCCCAGGCCCACAACUUCUUCUUCACGCCUCACUGCAAGUGCCUCGCCCUCCACAUCCUCGUCCGCUUCAAGCUCUACCGCACCGCCCACUCCCUCGCCGCGGACCUCGCCGCCACCCUCCCCGACCCCACCGGCGCCUCCCUCUUCCGCCACCUCCACGACACCUUCCACCUAUGCUCCUCCCCCUUCUCCUCCUCCGCCGUCUUCGACCUCGUCGUCAAAUCCCUCUCCCGCCUCGGCUUCGUCCCCAAAGCCCUCACCCUCCUCCACCUCGCCAACCGCCACGGCUUCGCCCCCACCGUCCUCUCCUACAACGCCGUCCUCGACGCUCUCCUCCGGCGGAGCUCGUCGAAUCAUCGCGACUACGACGACGCGGAACGAGUGUUCCGCGACAUGGUCCGGAACGGCGUGUCGCCGAAUGUGUACACUUACAACGUCAUCAUCCGCGGCGUGGUUUCUCAAGGGGACUUGGAGAAAGGGUUAGGGUUUAUGCGUAAAAUGGAAAAGGAAGGAAUUUCACCCAAUGUGGUUACUUAUAAUACCCUAAUCGAUGCUUCUUGCAAGAAGAAGAAGGUGAAGGAGGCGAUGGCGCUGCUGAGAGCGAUGGCGGUUGGGGGCGUCGCCGCAAAUUUGAUUUCGUACAAUUCAGUGAUUAAUGGAUUGUGUGGUAAAGGGAGAAUGAGUGAGGUUGGGGAAUUGGUUGAGGAGAUGAGGGGGAAAGGGUUGGUUCCUGAUGAGGUUACUUACAAUACUCUCGUUAAUGGGUUUUGCAAAGAAGGGAAUUUGCAUCAGGGGUUGGUGCUGCUUUCGGAAAUGGUUGGUAAAGGGUUGUCUCCCAAUGUUGUUACAUAUACUACUUUGAUUAAUUGUAUGUGUAAGGCCGGGAAUUUGAGUCGCGCCGUGGAGAUUUUCGAUCAGAUGCGUGUCAGGGGGCUGAGGCCGAAUGAGAGGACUUACACUACUUUGAUUGAUGGGUUCUGCCAGAAAGGGUUGAUGAAUGAGGCUUAUAAGGUCUUGAGUGAGAUGAUUGUUAGUGGAUUUUCGCCAUCGGUUGUGACUUACAACGCCCUUGUCCAUGGAUAUUGCUUCUUGGGGAGGGUGCAGGAGGCUGUGGGAAUUUUGAGGGGGAUGGUUGAGAGAGGUUUGCCUCCUGAUGUUGUUAGUUAUAGCACUGUUAUAGCUGGUUUUUGCCGGGAGCGUGAGCUGGGAAAAGCGUUUCAAAUGAAGGAGGAGAUGGUUGAGAAGGGUGUCUUGCCUGACACGGUCACCUAUUCGUCGCUCAUACAAGGUCUUUGUCUGCAGCAGAAACUGGUGGAAGCUUUUGAUUUGUUCCGAGAGAUGAUGCGCAGGGGUCUCCCGCCUGAUGAGGUUACUUAUACUAGUUUGAUUAAUGCUUAUUGCGUUGAUGGGGAGUUGAGUAAGGCUCUUCGUUUGCAUGAUGAAAUGGUGCAGAGGGGUUUUUUGCCUGAUAAUGUUACCUAUAGUGUGCUUAUUAAUGGACUUAAUAAGAAAGCUAGGACAAAAGUAGCAAAGAGGCUUCUUCUGAAGUUGUUUUAUGAGGAGUCUGUACCAGAUGACGUAACAUACAAUACGCUGAUAGAAAACUGCAGUAAUAAUGAAUUUAAGAGUGUGGAAGGUCUUGUUAAAGGAUUCUGCAUGAAGGGUUUGAUGAAUGAAGCAGAUCGAGUUUUUAAGACAAUGCUUCAGAGGAAUCAUAAGCCCAAUGCAGCAAUUUAUAAUUUAAUGAUACAUGGACAUUCUAGAGGGGGAAAUGUUCACAAGGCAUAUAAUCUGUAUAUGGAGUUGGAGCAUUCUAGUUUUGCUUGUCAUACAGUGGCUGUAAUUGCUCUCGUUAAAGCACUAGCUAGGGAAGGGAUGAAUGAUGAGCUGAGUCGGUUAUUGCAAAACAUAUUGAGGAGCUGUAGGCUCAACGAUGCCAAGGUAGCUAAAGUACUUGUUGAGGUUAACUUUAAAGAAGGUAACAUGGAUGCUGUUUUGAAUGUGCUAACUGAAAUGGCCAAGGAUGGCCUACUACCUGAUGGUGGAAUUCAUUCAUCUGCUCCAGCAAGUACCUAAUGUCUUUUGUUUUGUGUGCUAAACUGUAUUAUGCUAAAAUAAGAACUUAUCCUUCUAGUGGACACCUAGCAUGAUCAGUUUGGUGACUUACAAUGUGGAAAUGAAAUUCUCUCUUGCUGGGAAAGUAAUUUAUCAAUUUUUUUUUUCUGGAGCUCCACAAUUAUCUAAAGCCUCCUUCUUGGCCAGAACGGAACUCGAGUUGAUUGGUGAUAUUCUUAAAACUGUUAUCACAAAACGAGACAAGGCACCACUUAUUUGCUGCAUAUCACCUAGUGGGAGUGAAAUCUUGUGUGCUCGAAUGAGGUUUCAUGGAAGGUAUCUUGGGCUUGGGAGUAAUUGGUAAAACAACCAUGGCUAGAGCCAUUUACAAUGAAAUCAAUCAAAACCUUGGACGUAAAUGUUUCCUUGCAAAUAUAAUGGUAAUUUGGGACCAAGAUGGUGGCUAAGUUUAUUUGCAAGAACAACUUCUUCCAGGCGUCUUGAAACUAGAAGGAUGAAUUUACAUGACAUUGAAUUGAGGACUAUAAUAAGGGAAAGUCACCAGUGGGUUAGUCAAGAGAAUAGAUUAUUCAUCACAACUAGAGAUGAGCAUUUACUGAGGAUAAUAUAUACAGAAUGAAAGGAAUGGAAGAAAGAAAGUCUCUGGAGCUUUUCAGUUAGCAAGCUUUUACACAAGCUGUUCUAAUAGCUAGCAGAUAUCAUUGAACUCUUAAGAAGGGUUGUUGCUUACUCUGGAAGACCUCCACCUGCUCUUGAAGGUUUUGGCUCUUACUGGUUUGAAAAGGCUAUUGCUGAGUGGGAAAGUGCAUUGACGAAACUUGAAAUUAUUCCCAAUUAUCCAAUACGAAAGAGAUUAAAAUUAAACUAUGAUGGUUUAAGCGAUCGUAUGGGGAAAAUGUAUAAGCUGUUUCUUUUUAGGUAAAGACUAACACUGUUGCAUGGACUUUGUAUGGCAGUGGACUUCAUGCAAAAAGAUUAGUUAUAUCUGUCCUUAUGGAACAAAGUUUUCUAAAAGUUGACAAGAAUGACAAGCUUCAAAUGCAUGAUUUGCUGCAUUGGCCAUACAAACUCUGUAGUUGGUUGAAAAACCUAAUCAGAAGCUCUACCCACACUUUUAUGGCCAUGAUAAGAUGCUGGAGGCAAGGUUGCAUACAGGUUGGAAUUGCCUGAAGACAGUUAGUUCACUCUAUUUUUCAUAUCUCCUUGCUGAAGAAAGUGGCUACUGCUCAACAACAGGCACAACCACUGCCCCUUGCAUUGUCAGAUGCACACAAACAGUAGUACAGUACUUUUACCACAAGAGGGAUGCAAGAUUGCAUUUGGGGAGAAAUUAUUUUAUGGUCCGGAAACAUCCGUGUUCAUUGUUCCCGUCAAUGAACAUGUAUCAUGUAAUUGAGUUUUUCAAUUUACAAGAAAAGAUUAAUAAAUAAAUUAUUAUAUAUUAUGUGAUUAUUAGUUAGGCUAAAA